CAAACUGACAUUGAUAUAUAAUACAACAUUAAAGAAAUAAUUUUGACAAUUUACUUUUAGUUGAAUAUUUUUAUAAUUAUAAUAUAAGAUGGAUACCGAAAACUUUAAACCUUCUCUAGAAGACAAAGAAGUAGACAGUCUUUUCAAUUUGUCAUCUUCCCAUUUAGUAAAUCUGUUCGUCAAAGAGGCCAUUAAUACGGUUUUUGAUGAAUGUCUACAGCAACUUAAUAUAUUAAGACAUUUAAAUAUGCACAAUACCAUUGAAUUGGAUCGCGAUGUUAUUAAAUAUGAAACUCUUCAUGACAGAUACACAGGAAUCGAGGACCAUGCACAAACACGAAUCCCUUUCGUGAGUACCAACUACGAUAAAAUGGUUAUUGAUAUUAAUACAUUUUCGAAUAUAAUUAAAGAAACCUCCAGGGAAAUACGCGAUAACGGUACUACCAAGAUAUUGGAGACAUGUAUUAAUGCUCUUAGGAAUAUGAUGUUGGAUGAUGAAAAACUAGUAGAAGAAAAAUCAAAUAAUUUGAAGAUAAUUAAGGAGUUAAGAAAACAGUAUAAUAAUGAGACUUUCGAUAAUAUACGUACUAUAGAGGAAACGAACGAAAAAAUUAAGAAGCUGGCAUUUGAUGUUGAGAGCGCUAUAGUGUAUGGUCGUCUAGAAACUAAGUACUUUAUCAAUUGGGAGAUUAUUCGUGUCGAACAAAACCGAAUUACUUGCAAAGAACGUGAACAAAAAUUUUGGAAUAUUUCAAAAGAAGGCAGAGACAAAAUUGAGCUAGAGAAAAAGUGCCAUUACCAAUUCAACAAAUAUAUAGACGAGGAUAGGGUGAAUUGCUUGGAAAGCAUAAACUACUGGGUUCAAAGAUACGACAAUGAAAUAGAAAAUCGAGAAGCGGAGAUGCUUCAAAUGAAAACUAAACUAGAAGCGAUGUCUAUAACUCACAAAAAUGUUCUACAAGAACACAAGAAACGACAGAAGGAGAUGGCCGAAUGGAAGGCUUACAAAAAGGAGAUGCACAAGAAAAAAGCGCGUGAAGCUGAUGUUAAAUGGGCAUCAUUAAUUGUUCAGACUUGGUGGCGAGCAAUUAUGACUAUAAAGGGCAUAGGUCCUUAUAAACCAAAGAAACAUAAAAAGAAAAAUGAUGAAGAUUAAAUGAUUAGUGAAUAAAAUCGUGCUUAUACCUUUAUUUUUGUAAGUUUUAUGUAAUAUAU